AGUAAAGCGUGUAAUGGGAGCAGAAGAACAGUUCAUGUCGUUAGUUUAGAGGAAACAUGAAACAUUCAUUGUGUCAACUUUCUCCCUGCAUUUUUUUACAUUGUGUGGACUGGGCUUGAUGCACAGUUAAUAAUUAUUGUCCUUGCAAUUUCAAUUACAUUUUCAUAAUAUUCAUGUCACAGGUACAUUUAAAUAGUAGGCAGAAAAUACAGUUAAUUUUGUAAAGCCAUUACCGCAUUUUAGCACAUCCUGUUUACUGAUCAGCUGACUUUUCCAAUUUCAAAGUAAGUUGUGCUCUAAGAAAAAUCUGCCAUUUGGUUUCAGUCAAGAGUGGAGUAACAAUGCAGCAGAAACCAUAUCUUCAUUUCAAUGUGGUAAUUUUUUUUCUGUUUAUAAGAACUGAGUCUGUGUUAAGCGAUCAGUCCCGAUAUUACACAGCAGAAGGAAAAACAGUGCAUCUCCUUUGUGGAAAUACUACUUCUCAAAGUGCUACAUGGAAGAAAAUGACAUCAGGGGAAAUUUACAGCAAGAAAACAAAUGAGAGAAUCACUGUGCAAUCUGACUCUGCCUUGGUGAUACGAGAUGUAAAAGCAGAUGAUGCUGGGAUUUAUCGAUGCAAUGACAUCUUGAACGUUAGCCUACUUGUCUUAACUGUAACCUCCACUCCAAAAGAUGCUAAACCUGGAGACAAAGUAUCAAUCUCCUGUGCACUAAAGUGCCAUGACCAUAGCUGUGAACCUUAUACGUUAAAGAUGAUCACAAAGGAUCAGGAAAGGGAGUCACAUAAUACUUCAUUACGAGUCAUUUCUUGGAUGGGACAAGAUUGUAUAUGCAAAGUACAAGUGAACAAUAUGAUAAAAGCAAAGACUUCACUACUUUUAUCAGAUGAAAGCAGAUUCCACACUUCACUGGGACAAUCAGUGACACUGCCAUGUGAAGACUCUGAAAUGAUCACAUGGAAUAGAAUGGGUGUGGAAUCGGAAAAUGUACAGAAUAUUGUAAUCAAACAAAAAGAUGGCAGCAUAACCAAAGUGAUGGAGGACAAAGAAAACCGUUUCCACUUACUACAAAAUUCUUCUUUGUUCAUUGAAAGAAUAAAGACAAGUGAUGCAGGGACAUACCAGUGUAAUGGAAAGAGAUUGGAUUUGAUUGUCAUUUCUGUAACAUUUGACCCCACUGACCCAAAGCCUGGAGAUAUACUAACAGUCACAUGUGAACUGAAAUGCAAACAAGGUUGCAGUGGCUAUAUACUGCAGAUUUCUUCUUCUGGGAUGAAUGAUGCUGUUAUGCAAGGGAGUGUUGUGCAGCACACCUUGUUUAAUACCAACAUGUCUGUUUAUGAAAAAACCUUUAAAUGCAAAGCAGAACUAGAUGGGAUUGUUCAGGAUGAAGCUUUAGUUCAGCUUCACUCUAAAUCAACAGGCCAUACCAGAAACAGUUUGGAUACAAUCAAAGGGAACAAAGUCUCUACAUACUUUUUGGCUGCAAUUGUUGCCGUAAUUUCUUCUAUAUUUUGAUUGAAGACAUCCACCCAUUCCGUCUCUAAGUCCAUUUUAUCCCAGUUCGGGCUAAGGGAAUACUAAACCCAGAAUUACAAGUGCAAAAGACAAACAAUUACUUUGGACCAGGUUUACUCAUGAAUGAUGAGAACUUAAGUAACUAUCUUUUGAGCCAGUGCUGGGACCUCAUAUCAAGAAUGGUCUACUCGUUUCUAGAAGGAUUGAAUUCACUUUUACUUUUUACUUGAAAUCUUUAUUUAAUCAAAAUUUUUGUGGCACGUUUUCAUUUAAGGAGAAUAUUGUUUAAAGUUGUACAUGACAGGUAGCCAAUAUGUACACUAUAUAACAUUUAUGUAUUAAAGCUAUAUGCCUAAAAUUGUCAUUGAAUGAAACUAUGUUGGUCCUAUUUAAAUAAUAAUUGAUACACAAAAUAUUCUAGACUAGAGUGUAUAAACAGAAUAUGUGAGUUUGAAUAUGAGAAUUUGAUUGUUUUCAGAUGAUGGUUAAAAUAUGGCAAGGAAAUAUCAAGCAAGAAUGAUUAUUUUCAGUUAUUUUUAUAUUUUUAUUGUUGUGUUUGCCAAACUUCUCCAGUAAUGUCUACAACUGACUCCUUUAUUAGAAGGCACUUCAGAUUCUGGGACCAGAAAUGCUUUUAAAGACCAUCAGUAAUACACAAAAUAUCUAACAGAAAGAACUGCUAAAAACAGAAAUGGUAAUAUUUCCUUUCUUACAUAACACGCUAGUCCAUGUCAGUUUACUGUUGGAUUUUGCAAAUGCUUUCAUUUUUACACAACUGGACCAGUUAUGAGUCACGCCGGGGGCCACUCAGUCAGUCCACGGUGGGGACUAAACUAGCAACUGCUGGCAAUUGAAAAAGAGAGUUAGACAAACAUUUAACAUAAAAUAUGAAACAUCUUUUGCUAAAUAAAGAGAUUAAAGGGAAAACCAUUACACACUGUUUUUGAUUACUUAAUGGAGAAGAAAUUUAUCUUGUUUUCUGUAUGCAUUGCUGUAUAGAAAUACAGUAUGUAUUAAAUGUUCUAUAUUUCCUGUAAAAUGUAUCAACAUAUUUUAUUUUAUUAAAGUGUUAUUCAAAAUAAA